GUAUGAAACGGAAUUACGUUUUAUAGGCACUUUUCUUCAGAUGUUAUGUUCUGGACACCCCCAUACGGACGUGUCGAAUGGUCGCAUCCAAACUGGAACUGACAAUUUUUCUGAAGGCGUUUUUUUCUUAUUUACAAAUCAUGUUUCUGUCACUCAGUUACUCAACGGAUUGAUGUUAUCACGCAUAUAUUAAUUUCAGUUUUAGAAAUGGUUUGGUAAGCGCCUGUAAUUGUGCGGUAUCCGUUUGAUUAAGAGGCUGUUUUAUAUGUAGGACACCCCUGUCAUUAUUGUGUGGUACUCCUGGCACUUCCUUGUUCAAAAGUUUUAUUUAGAGGAAGACUUGAGGAAAAGUUGUGCCACCGGCGUCCAAAUUUCGACUUUGUUGUUGUCAGUUUUGAAGGUCAUGGUUCAUAUUUGUCGCGAAAUAUAGCAUAACUAGCGUGUAGCUGUCGCAGUUUUCCCAUGGCUGUACGUAUAAGAAGCUGGCUAACGUUGCACUGAGAUAGGCUCCGCAAAGAGGAAGAUGUCCACAGCUAACAUUAGCGAAGAUAUCAGAGACAACUUUCCACUGCAUGCAGCAGUGUGGGAGAAUGAUUACAGGACAUUGGAAGAAAAAAUAACGUUGCCACAGAAUGACAAAGAGGCUUUGGAUCCCAGAGGUCGGUCACCUCUGCACCUGGCUGUGUCACUCGGGCACCUGGAGUCAGUGAGAGUCCUUCUGAGACAAGGAGCUGAAGUGACUAAAGAAAAUGCCAAUACUUGGACAGUAUUGCAGGAGGCAGUCAGCACCGGAGAUCCAGAGAUGGUUCAGUUAGUGCUUCAACGUAGAGACUACCUCAAAGCCUCCACUGCUCUGGAAGGAGUGCCUGAACUGCUGGCAAAGAUCCGAGAGUCUCCAGACUUCUACAUGGAAAUGAAGUGGGAAUUCACCAGUUGGAUCCCUCUUCUGUCCCGGGUUUGUCCAAGUGAUGUUUGUCGUAUUUGGAAAAGUGGCGCCAGCCUGCGAGUGGAUGCCACUCUCUUAGGCUUUGAAAACAUGACCUGGAUCAGAGGACGUAGGAGCUACAUCUUCAAAGGAGAUGAUUCGUAUGCAGAGUUGAUGGAGGUGAACCACGAUGAUCAAGUGGUUGACACUGAACGUUUCAACAUAUCCCAAGAAAUCGAGGAUGUCACACUAGAGUCAAUGAACCCAGCGGAUCAGGAAGUUGCCAAAAGGUUGACUACUUCUAUUGUCAACACUUAUUUGGACACCAAGGAUAUUGCUUUUGAAAGGACCAAGUCUGGGAUUUGGGGCUGGAGGUCUGACAAAACUGAAGUUGUCAACGGAUUUGAAGCAAAGGUUUUCAAUGUGAACAACGUAAAUGUGGUCAUCAGGACAAGAACAGAACAUCUUACAGAUGAGGAGAAAGCCAGGAUAAAAAGUGAGAGGAACGUCCUGGAAUCUCUGUUGGGGACUGUGGAACAGCACAUAAGCGCACAAGGGGACCUGACUCUAGAAUACGCAACUGCCACCAAUCCCACUGCCAUCACUCCACAGGAAUAUUUUAAUCCUGACUUUGACUUGGGAGACAGAGACAUUGGCCGACCCAUUGAACUGAGCAUUCGAACACAGAAGUUCAAAGGUACACUGUGGAUGAGCGAAGAACAUCCCCUGUCUCUGGUGAAACAGGUGACCCCCAUUAUUGACCUCAUGGCCCGGACUAGUUCCCAUUUUGCACGGUUACGAGACUUUGUCGCCCUAAAAUUUCCUCCUGGAUUUCCUGUUAAAAUAGAGAUCCCUCUGUUUCAUGUGCUGAAUGCCAGGAUUACCUUUGGUAAUGUGAAUAAAUGUAGUACUGAAGAAGAAGCAAACACAACGCCAGCAGCCACACCAACAUCCUCAGGAGGAGAAGAAGAAGAAGCUGCAGCGCUGCCCCUGUUUCAGGUGUGUCCCUCGGUCUUUGAGGUGCCUGCCAACUACCACCGUCGAGGGGGCAGCCGCCACACGCCUGUGUCCAACAACGACGAGGAGCUUUUGCAGUACGCCAUCCAUCAGAGUCUCCUGGAAUCCUGCAGAGGCCAGGGACAGGAGGGGAUCUGGGAUGAUGCUGAUGGGGAAUUAACUGACGUAAUGCCCAGUAGCCAGAGUGACAGGAGUAUCCCAGAGGGGGUGCUGGUGGAAUACAGUGACACCGCCAGCCCUAUAAGCUCCAACUCUGCCUCUAGUCCUGACUCAGACCUCCGCAUGGCCAUGGAGCUCUCCGCACGAGCUCAAGAGGAAGAGGAGAAGUUGAGAAAGCGAGAGGAAGAGGAGCUGGCGAUGAUACUGCAGCUGUCACUCACUGAAAAGUAAAAGGAAAAAGAGGGAAUAAUAAUAAUAAUAAUAAUAAUAAUAACACAACAUUUCCAGAUCCAGAAGCAACCACCACACCUCAAUUUUCCUUUCCAACCACUGUUGUCAUCUAUGCAACCGCAGAAUUUUUUUAUGUAACAGGCAAUAUCAAACUCUCGGUAUCCAAUAUUUUCCAAAAGGUAUUUUUGGUAAGCGCAUACUCCUUUAUAUAUUUCUAUCUCCACAGGGUGCGUCUCCAUCUUCAGGCUUGAUUCAUGGACUCCAUAACAUAAUUUCAGAGGGGUUUUACUUAUUUUUUCUUUUCCAAUCUAAACUGCAACAACACAGUUGUGUUGAUCAUAUCAUAGUCUGGAGGAAGGGUCAGAUGUGGAUAAUUAAGGUUCAAUGAACAAAAGCUGACUACUUAGGUGACUUUGUGUAGUGUUGGCACUCAAGUUUGGCACAUGAGGUCCAAAGCAAUGUUUGAAUUUCGCUGGUUUAAAUUUACUUGUCUCAGUCUUAGAUCAGAAAGCGAGGAUGAAAAAUGCCUUGCAGGGUCAAGAAUGCAGUAUUGUAGACCUGGCGAGGACAGAUUUGAGUGCCACCACUGCGGCGUCUUGCUAGAGUCACUUUGUUGAGGACCAUGAAUGGUUGGACAAUACAUUACUGAAAUCUCAGGAUUCAGAUUUUACACAGUCCCUUCACUUUAGAAUUGGGUUUGUUAAUCAGUUUAAAAACUUGUGGAAAUUUCAAACAAAUGUUUUUGUUUGGUUAAAAAAACAACUAUCUCAUAUGCAUAUCAUUCAGCCAUACCAAUAUUAUUUCAGAAAGUUAAAGUCAAAAGUUCAUAAAUACUGUUCAGAGAGGUAAACAGUCUUUGCUGCAAAAAGGCUCAAGGAUCAGACUUUUUUUUCUUUUUUCUUUUUCUUUUUAAUUGAACAUUUUCUUCCGAUUUCAUGAUGAGGAAGAAUGUAUUUUUGUUGAUGUGUCAUCAGCUGUCACUGAGCAACUGCAAGCAGUAUCACCUCAGCUCAAAAACACCGUAGCAGAGACCAGUCUGUCUGUGGACGUACAGUCAUCAUGCAGUUUAGAAGCAGUCACACAACCAGUGUUGCAGAGAUUAUUCAGAUUUCUGAUGGCAGUCUGUCCUAAUGUUCAGCCUUUUGUAGCCACAAACAACUCUAAACCUCCGAGCAGAAGAAAAGACAGCAUAGACUUGAUGAUCAAACAUGCCCACUAUAUGUACAGUAUGUAGACUUUGUUUCUUCAGCAUGUGCCAACAGAUUGCUUUGCUGUGAUAACGCUUGGUGGAGGAAAGUGGUGAUGACGGUUUCAUGUUGUGCCACUCUGUCUAAACUUUCAGAACAGAUUUUUAAAACCUAUUGUAAUUUAGGAAACAAGAUGAAGAGGUUUCAGUUGUUCCAGGGUGAUGCUGAGUAACAUGCAUUAACCACUAUAGUUGAUUUCACUGACAACCAACCACUUAUCAAAGGUCUCGCUGCGUUGCUGUGUCUGACUUUCAGGGGCUCAAGCUCACAAACUACUAAUUAUAACGAUCAAAUUGCCAAACUGCUGAACGGUUGAGUUUAAAAAGGCUAGCUUUGGUGAAUUUAAUGGAGAUCUUUAUAAUGCACCGUUGAAGCUGCAAAGUUUUUUUUAAUGUUAAAAUUUUAAGAAAAUGUUUCAGUUUCAAAAUGUUUUCUAAAAUAAACGCACUUUAUUUCCA